AAGCGGACAGCUUUCCCACACCCACAUCAGUUCAUCGAAAUCAACCAAACCAAGUGAACAUUACCAAACGAAAAGACGAAAAGAAACAAUUUAAAUCUACAACAUGAGUCCCAACAACGACAACAAGACCACCACUGACUCCUAUGUGGACCAAGCCGCUGACAUGACCAACAAUGCACUACACACGGCCAGGGAUACGGCCACCAGUGCCAAAGACACGGUCAGCCAAGCCAUCUUUGGCAAGGAAAAGUCUUCCUUCGACAAGAAUGUCGACGAAGCCGCCGAAAACACGAAGGAGACCUUGAACAAUGCCCAGGAGCGUGCCCAAGAGCAAAAGGAAGAGAUCAAGGACAAAUAUCGGGAGAUGAACAAGACCGACGAGGAAAAGAAGGAGGAGAAGCGGAAGGAAGAGAGCUUGACCCAUCAAGCCGGUCAAAUGGCCAAUGAUGCCUACACUUAUGUCAAGGACACGGUGGAUCAUGCCGUUCACGGCGAGGAGAAGAGCUCCAUCGACAAGGCCGUGGAUCGGACCGCCGAGGCCACCAAGGACACCGCUCACUCCGCCGAAGAGAAGGCCGAAGAAGUCAAAGAGAAGGUCAAGGGCGAGGAGAAGGAUGACAUUGACCGAAACGUAGAGAAGGCCGCUCAAGAUACCAAGGAGGCCAUUCAUACGACCGAGGACAAGGCGGCCGAGCUGAAAGAGUCUGCCAAUGCCAACUACAACCAAGCGUCAGAUUAUACCCAAAGAAAGAGCUCUGCGGUGGAGGAAGCCGCCACGGACCUGAAGGAUUCGGCUUCCAAGUCUCGAGAAAACAUGUCAGAUCAAAUGCGUAAUGCAACCGACAAAGUGCGAAAUGCCUAAAUAUUCAUUCAUUCUGCAACAUCAUUUUAUGUCAUAGAUCAUUUGCUGGCUUGAGCGUAUAAUAAAACAAACUUAUUCCUGGUU